UCUCAGUGUGCACAAAUUUCUCGACCAGUGCAGCCAGUUCAGCUAAAUAGAACAGACUAAUUGUUAUGAAAAAGGCUGUAAUAUUUUGAAUUAAAGUAAUUUUUGCAUUGUGCAUACUACCGAAAUUACCUUGAUCGUGCAACAGCAGCCCUUGUAAUAUUUGUCAGAAAUGGAGGAUACGCAAGAAGAGCUGCAAUUUGUGGUAGACGAUGUCAGCAAUAUCAUCAAAGAAGCAAUUGAGGUAUCAAUAGGUGGUAAUGCGUAUCAACACAACAAAGUCAAUCAAUGGACUUCAAAUGUUGUAGAGGCUUGUUUGGGCAACCUCACGAAAUUACAGAAAGCUUACAAAUAUAUCGUAACCUGUACAAUCAUGCAGAAAAAUGGAGCUGGACUGCAUACUGCUAGCUCGUGUUAUUGGGAUAAUGCUACAGAUGGAAGCUGCACAGUGCGUUGGGAAAAUAAAACUAUGUAUUGUAUUGUGUCCGUUUUUGGAUUGGCCCUUUAAAUUUAUCUGUUACUAUAAACUGAAAAGUUCCUUCGUUUGAAAGGAUUAAUCUCCUGGAUACAGGAUGUAGUAAAUAGUCACAGAAAUAAAAUUUUCCAUUAUAA